AUGCCUAUAAUUAGUGAUGAACAAAUAUGCCUUGAAGGUGAUAAAGAAAAUGAAGAUAUUUAUGCUAAUAUUAUGCAGAAUUCUGAUUGUCAAGAGAAAAUAUCUGUUUGGAAAAUGGAGUUUGACUCAGAAGAACAUGCUCACCAAUGGUAUAAUGAAUAUGCUAAAGAAGUUGGAUUUAGCAUUCGAAAGCAAUGGAAAAAUGAGGAUAGAUUUAGUGGAGUAAUAUCAAGUAGAAGAUUUGUCUGUUAUAAGGAAGGCUACAGAAAAAAAGACAAGCGAGUGGUUGUGAAAAAGCCGCGAAAAGAAACUAGAACUGGUUGCUUAGCAAGACUAACCAUUUCUCUUCAAGCUAAUGGAAAAUAUCGGGUCAUUGAUUUUGAAUCAAAUCACAAUCAUGAGUUAGUGGAUAAGUCAUGUGUACACAUGUUACCUUCUCAAAGAAUUAUUACUGAUGUUCAAGCUAUUGAAAUUGAGUUGGCAGAUAAUUCAGGUAUACCACCUAAAUUGGCACAUGAAUUGAUGAGUCGUCAAGUUGGAGGUAGAGAAAAUCUUGGUUUUACUAAGCAAGAUCAUAAGAAUUAUUUGAGGACUAAGAGGAAAAGAGAUUUGCAGCAAGGUGAAGUUGGGGGUCUUUUGAAUUAUUUUCUUGGUCAAGUAUCAGAAAAUCCAUCAUUCUUUUUUCGAGUUCAAUUGGAUGUUGAAGACCAAAUCACUAACAUAUUCUGGGCUGAUGCUAAAAUGAUUUUCGACUAUGGUAUAUAUGGUGAUGUGGUAUUCUUUGACACAACUUACAGGACCAAUAAAGAGUGUCGACCUUUUGGAGCAUUUGUUGGAGUAAAUCAUCAUUAUCAACUAGUCGUAUUUGGGGCCUCUUUGUUAUAUGAUGAAACUAGUCAGUCAUUUGAAUGGCUAUUUCAUACAUUUUUUGAGUGUAUGUCUGAUAAAAAGCCAAAGACAAUAUUUACUGACCGAGAUCCUGCAAUGGCAAAGGCAAUAUCUUUAGUGAUGCUAGAGACUUAUCAUAGAUUGUGCUUAUGGCAUAUUUAUCAAAAUGCUCUUAAAAAUCUUAAUCAUCUAUUUAAGAGCCAAAAAACCUUCAAUGCUGAUUUUAGAAGUUGCAUAUAUGAUGGUGAGUAUGAAGAGGAGUUCAUUAGUGCUUGGGAGAAUAUGUUGGAAAAAUAUGAUCUUCAAGAAAAUGAAUGGUUGCAAGAUCUAUUUAAAGUGCGAGAAAAGUGGGCUAUGGUGUAUGGGAGAAAUACAUUUUCUGCGGGUAAGAAAAGUACACAGCUUAGUGAGAGUUUCAACUCUCUUUUAAAAGAUUAUUUGAAGUCUGAUUUGGACAUAGUACAAUUUUUCAAACAUUUUCAAAGGGCUGUUGAUGAUGUCCGUUAUAAUGAAGUUUGUGCAAACUAUGACAUGAGCCAAAAAAUUCCCACUUUGAAGGUUAAUGUUCCUUUGUUGAGACAUGCCAGAGAUAUCUACACAGGAGCUGUUUUUACUAUGUUCCAAGAUGAGUUCGAAAAGUCAUUGAUGGUGGUUGUUGACACUUUUCAUCAAAGUGGACCAGUUUCUACAUAUAAAGUUCAUAAUUGUGAAGGUUCUAGGCAACAUACAGUUACAUCUUCAAAUGGUUUGAUUACAUGUAGUUGUAAAAAUUUUGAGUUUGUUGGAAUUAUGUGUAGCCAUAUUUUGAAAGUACUCGAUGAGAUGAAGAUUAAGUUGAUGAUCCCUGAACAAUUCAUAUUGAAGAGAUGGACCAAGAAUGCAAGGGCUGGAACUGUCUUGGAUAUUCAUGAGUGUGAGGUACAAAGUGACCCUAAGCUAGAAAUGCGAGCUCGUUAUAGAAAUUUAUGCACCACUUAUGUUAGAUUGAUGGGUAAAGCUGCUGAAUCUAAAGAGGCAUCUGAUUUCCUUCUAAGUCUUGCAAGUGAGUUAGAUGCAAAACUAGAAGAAUAUUUAAAGAUUGAAUCCCCGUGUGAGACCCUUACGCCUUCCUCAAUGUCUUGUGAAAAUCAGGUCAUCAAGAGCACAUGUACCAUACAAGCAAAAGGUUUAAAGAGAAGGGAAGUUUCGCGUGGGAGAAAACGGUUGAAAGGAUGUCUUGAAAAGGGAAAUAAAAAAAAUAGAAGCAAAAAAGUCCAAACUCUCACAUCUAGCUUAACUCCUCCAACCACAUGUUCCACCACCAUGACAUAA